AUGCACGAACAACAUGAAGAACCCUCUCGGAAAAAGAAGAAAUUCUCUCAUCAUCAUCCUCUGGAGGAUGAACAGAAGAAUUGCUUAAAAGAAUGUUCUUUGAGGAAUCAUCAAAAUAUUCUACUCGCUGUAGAUACGUUAGUAUUGGUUGGAACGUUUUUGGAAAUUUCAGACAUUCUCAAAUCCAUGUCCCGAGUUUGUACAGGUUGGAAUCAAGUCUUUUUGGAUGAUUGUUUGUGGAGAUUCUUGUUCCAAAGAGACCUCGGGAAUGUUGAUUGGUUUUUACAGAAAUUGAACCAUAAUUUCAACGAUUUGUCAUCCCAACUUUGUUCGACAUCUGAGGACUCUGAAGAAGAAAAGGAUAAAAAGAAAAACGAAAAGCCUUCUUAUAAGAGCAAACUCAGUAAGAAAGAUCAAACAAAAUCUCCUGAGAAAAAAGGUGAAUCUAAAGUGAUAACAUCCAAUAAGGAUGGAAAUGAAGCUACAAUUUCUCUUGAGAUUUUACAAAAAGUUCUUGAAGAUUGUUAUGGUGAAAAUCGAUUUUGGUUGAGUUUAUUUAGGUUGGUGGUUGCCAUGAUUCCUAUUCAGAAUUACAAAAUGAUGACUGACAAACAAAUUGUUCAGCCCCUAAAGAAUUCCACGCCUGGAACAAGGAAAUCAAAAAAGAACAACAAAGAUAAGAAGAAGAAACCUUCCUCUCAACAAAAAGGAUGUUCUGAUUUGUUUUUCCAAAAAGAUUACAUUGAAGAAGAAGACGACGACGGAGAUUAUUACAGCAAUGGCAAUCGCCUUGUUUCAAAAAAUUAUUGCUACUUUACUGUGAGAUUUGGGGAAAUGAUAGGUACCAUUUUGUCGUGUAAAUCGGAGGGCACCACUUUAUUGCGUAAUGCUUUAUACUUGGAUGCUAAGACUCACAAACUUGCAGUAAUUUUGAGCAUUUUCGAUCGUCAUGGAAUUAUUUUGAAUUAUUUUGGAUCAGAUUCGCUCACAACACAGAACUAUUUGAAUAAGAUCACAUAUGGGAUGUCUCAACAAGCUCAAAAAUUGAAAAAUUAUUAUCUCUUCGACAAAGAAAUACCAGCACUUCCUCGAACACCAUACAUUUCAGAAUGCGAUCAAAUGUGUGUGGGUUUCAAAGAUUCUCAUCAUGGCAUUUCAAUUUUGAAAUUUUGUUAUUCAAUUUUAUGUGGCAAAGAGGAAGCCAUUUAUCAGCCUCCACCAAUACAAAACAGUUCAGAUAAAUCCACAACAGAAAAUACCUCACAACCAAAAGUACAAGAUGACCAUGAUGAUAGUGACACUAAUGAUGAUGACGGCGAUGAGGAUGAUGACAUUUAUUAUUAUGAUGAUGAGGAUGACGAUGAGGAUGAAGAUGAGGAUGACGAUGAUGAGCACAGGAAAAAGAACAUUGCUGUUGGACCCUUCACUCAUGAUGCAUUCAUGCCAUUUUGCAAAUAUUUAUUAAUGGAUCAUCCUUUGUUUAACAGACGUUCCUAUGCAGUGGAUGAUGGACUCAACUUUGACUAUUCAUCAGGCAAGCCCGGAUGGUGCUGUGGAUUUUGGAAUGCCAAUUUUUAUUGGUAUCAUAUUGCUCGUUUCAAGACCAUGAUCGACUUGACUGAACCACGUAUUAUUCUGAGAGUGGAACAAGAUCAGUCCAGUGUUUUACAAAGUUUAUGUUAA